UGAUCCAUCAGGCGUGUGAUUCUCACCACUGAAGACUAACAGGAAGGAUGAAGUAAAAGCUAAAUCUGCCUUGCAGAAGCAACAGCAAUUUUUUCUGCUCUUCAUUUUCCACCACCAGUCUAACCUCCCAUGGCGUCUCCCAGGCUGGAGACCUACUGCUGUCCCAACCGGGAUGCAGCCACACAACUGGUGCUAACUUUCCAGCCCAAGGUUUUUUGUGGUGUUUGCAUCGGCAGUGCUUCAUUUAGUCUGCUGCUCAGCAUCCUGCAGCUCCUCCCCAAGCAGGGGCAGAGUCCCCGGAAGAUGCCAAAAGCUUCCUCCUCCACCACCAUCCUUCUCUUCAUCUCCAUUUGUGACAUCCUCGGUGGUCUAGGUAUAAUUUUCAGAUCAACAGUAUGGAUAGGCUUCCCAGACUUCAUAGCAAACAUCUCUGUGGUGAAUGGAACUGAUGUGUGGCCUUCGACCUUCUGUGUGGGAACUGCCAUGUGGAUCCAGCUGUUGUACAGUGCUGGCUUCUGGUGGCUGUUUUGUUAUGCUGUUGAUUCUUACUUGGUGGUUAGAAGAUCUGCAGGGCUAAGUACAAUAGUGCUGUACCACAUGAUGACCUGGGGCCUGGCAAUCCUGCUGUGUGUAGAGGGAAUUGCCAUGCUUUAUUACCCUUCUGUUGCUAGUUGUGAAAAUGGGCUGCUGCAUGCAAUUCCUCAUUACAUCACGACCUAUGCUCCACUUCUGCUAGUUUUGGUGGCCAAUCCAAUCCUCUUUAGAAUGACAGUAGCAGCAGUUGCCUCCUUUUUCAAAGGAAGACAAGGAAUCUACACGGAGAAUGAAAGACGCCUGGGGACACAGAUUAAGAUCCGCUUUUUCAAAAUUAUGCUGGUGUUCAUUUUAUGCUGGUCAGCAAACAUCAUCAAUGAGAGCCUUUUGUUCUACCUUGAAAUGCAGCCGGAUAUCAAUGGAAGCACCCUGAAAAGUGUUAGAAAUGCUGCAUUGAUCACAUGGAUUAUAAUGGGAGUACUGAAUCCAAUGCAAGGUUUUCUCUUCACACUCGCUUUCUAUGGCUGGACUGGGUGGAAAGUGAACCUGAAAUGGCAAGAGCGAGAAAUACCAUGGGAAUCAAUGUCCACAUCAGCUGUUGCUGACAAUGGCUACCCCUCUCCUGUUGGAUCAUCUGUGAACUACCAAAACAGCAGCCAUGACUCAAAGAAGAUAACACUAGCCAGCAGCCAGCAGACGGAUGAGGCCGUAAGCAUGCUGUCUGAAGAGGUGCAGCUCUAGAUCUGGAAUUCUAUCGCUAGGAUUGGAGGGAUGCAAAACUGUCAUCUUUAAAACACUGGUCACAUAUUGGAAAGAUGCAGCUUUGACACAGAUAUGGAUUUGCAUUGUUUGCAUUAUAGAAUACUGCUUAGUAACUCUCCUUUUACCCUGCCCAUUUGAAUGUAAGUGGGAUAUUUAAAUGUACUUUUAUCUAAAUGUGGUUGCAAUUAGUAGGAAUAUAGUCUUUGAGUACCAUGCAGUCUGGCAUUUAAACCAUUAUAAGGGAUGUAUGGUAUAAUUUUCAGCAUCAUCUAAAUGACUUUGGUGCCUUCAUCCCUAGGAAAGCCAGUGAAAUGGAGCAUGAAGUCCGUUCUUUGAGGAGUUAUUUUUUAUCCUGCUUUACUGAACUCAAGGGAAUUCAGUCACACUAUUUAUUUCCUUCCCUAACCACUGUGCUCAGCACUGUUGUGUCAAAGCACUUGUGCCCAAAUACUUGUUAAAACAGCUUGAAGGUUAAGAAGCAACUGGGCUCAGUCUACAGUGCUUACGUGUGGUUUUAACCCUGCUAAAAGGCUAACCUAGAUUAUAGCAUGGUUUGACAAACUUACACUGACCAAGCCAAACUGAUUACUGUUUUCUUUUAAAUGCUAGUCCAGGCCUAGGUUAGAACAAAUCUUUAAAUCAAUUCAAACAAUUUGGCUCAACUAUACCGUCUGUCCCAACUGUGUUAUAACUGGUUCUGGUAAAACCAUGUUUAAGCAAAAAUAGACUGUCAAAUAAGAUUGAAAACCUUGUCUACCUUUUUAAAAUUAAAGAGAAGAAUGAUAACAGCCACAUUGCUUAGAGUUCCAGGAAGGUCAGAGAAGCAGGCUCAUCUGGAGGUAAAACACAAGUGAUCUUAUGUUAAUCAAUAAAACUGUUGUACAGUAAAUCAAUAAAAACAGGGAUAGAGCUUUAAAGAGCUGUCGUUCCCAUGUCAAACACCUUUAAAAUCAUACUCUUUAAAAGCAAUCAUGUCUAUUUCCCCUUCCUCCCUUUCUUUGCUUGUUGCAAGAACAAUUUGCAUGUAACAGGAUAUUUUAUUUUGGAAUAAUUCAUUUCCUCUGAUCCAGAAAUCCUUACCCUUUGUUUGUAAAACUGGUCAUUUCCAUUGACGCUAAUAGUAAUGCUAGAGAAAGAGGAUGAAGAUUUCUAAAGCACAUUUAAAUUGAUGCUUACAAAAUAAAGAUCUAGUUUUCAUUGAAGUGCGAGGAGCAGAAAGAAAUCAAGACUAGUACAGGUAGACAAAUGGUUGUUAAUCUGUGGUCAGGUGCUACUGUCCGGGGCAGCAGCACAACCCACUAAAAUAAAGAAACAGAACAUGCCUUCAAAGGCACUGCCAUGUUCUGAGGAUCAGUUUGCAAGGUAGCAGUUGGUAACCUAGAAGUCUGGUUAACUAAUCAAGUAUUCCUUCUGCUCCAGUGCAUCACAGGUUGCUGAACACAUCUGAAAGUGGGACAUGCACUUCCCUUUGCACUCCACAGCCUGUACUCCAUUUUGGGAGACUAGGGCAGCAUUGAGCAAGUAGACUC